AUGAAUAAUUCAAUUGAUUAUGGUAAUGAAACCGAUUCAUUUACACGCUAUUUUAAUAUCUAUGUGAAUCUCUUUUUUGUUACUUUUGGCAACGUUGGUAAUCUACUCAAAGUGGGGUUUUUUCUUCAAAAACCUCUUCGUUCUUGUACAUGCAGUGUCUUUAUUCUUGUAGCAACAUUCAGUAAUUUUGCUACUCUUAAUAAUUUGCCACUUCAUCGUUUUCUUACUAAUGUCUAUUUAUCGUCGAAUUGGAUCGAUGCUGGUGUUGGAUGGUCAAAGAUUGAGAAAACUGGCUCGAAUCCAUCAUAUGAUACUGUAUCGAAGUUUGACAUAAUUGUAUGUAAAUUACGCAUUUAUUUUCACAUGCUAAGCGCUAGUUUGACAUUUCAAAUGCUCUUACUUGCUUCAAUCAAUCGAUUAAGUUGGAGUUGGCGACGUAAAAAGCAUCAACAACAAAGUUGCUUUCGUCGAGUUGCCGACUAUUUUUAUCAUCUCUCAAAUGCAUUCAAACUCUGUUUGGUCUCAUGCAUUGUUUGGGCCAUUAUUUCUCUUCAGCAUGUCUUCAAUUAUACAAUUGUUUCACGUUCACAAGGUUGUGUUGCUCGAAACCUUAUUCUUUGGACAAUAUGGGUCACUACUAUUCAUUGUCUUGUUUUACCGGUAUUGAUGAUUCUGUUCGGUAUACUAACGCUGAAAAAUCUUCGAACAUUACCAACCAUUCGUUGUUUACAUAAUCGUCGUUAUGAUCAAAAUCGUAAAUUCGUUCAAAUGUGUCAUCAUUGUGUUCAUAGUCGACAAUCAACUCAAUAUCAAAUUGAAAAACAAUUAACAUUAAUGAUUAUAGCUGAAAUAAUUGUGACUGUAUUAACGUCAUUUCCAUAUGCUGCUUACAGUUUCUAUCGGCUUCUUACUAUCAAUAAACAAAGCCGAGCUGUGGGUUUUAUAUUUAUUUAA